UCGCCAUCAGUGCCAUUCCCAGAGGAGCCUGAGAGGAGGCAGAGGAAGGCGAGACAUGGCUGGUUUAGAACUCCAGAAUAUCAACUGGCAGGUAAGGUCCAACCGGCAGGCACAUCACACAGACCAGUUCUCCAGCCAGGAGCUCAUCGUGCGGAGAGGCCAGCCCUUCGAGAUCGUACUGACCAUGAGCAGAAGUCUCAGCUCUAGAGACAGGCUGGAGUUCACGGUCUCCACAGGGCCGCAACCCUCAGAGUCGGCCAUGACGAAGGCCGUGUUUCCACUGUCCAAUGGGAGCAGUGGCGGCUGGAGCGCAGUGCUCAAGGACAGCAACAGCAGUAACCUGGCCAUCACCAUCUCCAGUCCUGCCAGCGCACCCAUCGGACACUACACACUGAGCGUCCAGAUCGCCUCCCAGGCCGGCAUCGCCUCUGUGAAACUGGGGGAGUUCGUUCUGCUCUUUAAUCCCUGGGUGAACGUGGAUAGUGUCUUUAUAAGUAACCAUGCUGAGAGACAAGAGUAUGUCCAGGAAGACGCCGGCAUCAUCUAUGUGGGAAGCACAAAUCGAAUUAACAUGAUUGGCUGGAACUUCGGACAGUAUGAAGAAGACAUUCUGAGCAUUUGCCUCUCAAUCUUGGAUAAAAGUCUGAAUUUCCGCCGUGACCCUGCUACUGAUGUGGCCCGCAGAAAUGACCCCAGAUAUGUUGGCCGGGUGCUGAGUGCCAUGGUCAAUAGCAAUGAUGACAAUGGUGUGCUUGCUGGAAAUUGGAGCGGCGAUUACACGGGUGGCCGGGACCCGAGGAACUGGAACGGCAGCGUGGAGAUCCUCAAGGAGUGGAAAAAAUCUGGCUUUAGGCCUGUCCGAUAUGGCCAGUGCUGGGUCUUUGCUGGGACCCUCAACACAGUGCUGCGGUCUUUGGGGAUUCCUUCCCGCGUGAUCACCAACUUCAGCUCAGCUCAUGACACGGACCGAAACCUCAGCGUGGAUGUAUACUACGACCCCAUGGGAAACCCCCUGGACAAAGGCAGUGAUAGCGUAUGGAAUUUCCACGUCUGGAAUGAAGCCUGGUUUACGCGGCCUGACCUGGGCUCCUCGUUCAGUGGAUGGCAGGUGUUAGACGCCACCCCCCAGGAGAGAAGCCAAGGGGUGUUCCAGUGUGGCCCUGCUUCAGUCCACGCUGUCCGAGAGGGUGACGUGAAACUGGAAUUCGACACGCCCUUCGUCUUCGCGGAGGUUAAUGCUGACCGCAUCAACUGGAUCCAAGAUAGCUCCACUGGCACACCGAAGAAGAAUUCUGUGGACACUCGCUCGGUCGGCAAGUACAUCAGCACCAAGGCCGUGGGCAGCUACUCUCGCAUGGAUGUCACGGAGAAGUACAAGUACCCAGAAGGCUCUGACCAGGAAAGACAAGUGUUCCAAAAGGCUAUCGGGCAACUUAAACCCAGGGCAUCAUUUGGCGCCACAUCUGCAGGGGGUUCGGAAGCAGAGGAUCAGGAGCCCAGCAUCUCUGGGAAGUUCAAGGUCGCUGGCAUUCUGGCAGUGGGCAAAGAAGUCAGCCUAGUCCUGCUGCUCAAAAACCUGACCAGUGAAGAGAAGACGGUGACAGUGAACAUGACAGCCUGGACCAUAGUCUACAACGGCACGCUUGUGCAUGAGGUGUGGGAGGACUCGGUCACAAUGUCUCUGGGCCCCGAAGAAGAAGCGCAGCAUCCCGUGAAGAUCUCCUACGCUCAGUAUGAGAACUACCUGAAGGCGGACAACAUGAUCCGGAUCACAGCCGUGUGCAAGGUCCCCGGCGAGGCGGAGGUGGUGGUGGAGCGGGACGUCAUCCUGGACAACCCCACCCUGACCCUGGAGGUGCUGGACGAGGCUCACGUGCGGACGCCCAUGAACGUGCAGAUGCUCUUCUCCAACCCCUUGGACGAGCCCGUGAGGAACUGCGUGCUGAUGGUGGAGGGCAGCGGCCUGCUGCGGGGCAGCCUCAAGAUCGACGUGCCGACCCUGCGCCCCAAGGAGCGGUCCCGGGUCCGUUUUGAGAUCCUGCCCACCCGGAGUGGCACCAAGCAGCUGCUCGCCGACUUCUCCUGCAACAAGUUCCCUGCCAUCAAGGCCAUGCUGUCCAUCGACGUGGCUGAGUGAAGGGCCCCAGGGGCCCCCCGUACAAACUUGGGUAACACAGAGCAGGGAGGGCUCACCUGUGGAGUGAGACCCCUGCCCAUGCUGUCCAGCCUGGGAAACCCACUCUGUCCCCCAAGGCUGCCGGAUGUGGACCUCCAGUCUCCAGCACACGCCCCCUCCCCUCCCCCUAGGUUGGCGCCGGGUCAACCCUGGCCCAUGACUUGGUCACUUUUGCACAUUCCCUGGCUGCUUCUCCCAAGGGCCUGCUCUGGGAGCCCCGUGGCCCUGCUCAUCCCUAGUGCCCU